CUUUCANUUUUUUUUUUUUUUUUUUUUGUUUCCAUCGUCCUCCUUCUCGAUCCACCGCUUCGAUCUGUCUUUCGUUAUUAGAUCUGGUUUUGAUUCAUCCUCCUCUACAUAUCGGUAUCAAUUUUGCCGUUUUCGUCUUCUUUUUACGUUUCUUGUCUUAGGUCAUCAUCGAAGCUCCGAUCCUUGAGGCUAAUCGGAGAUCUGUUCUUUCCAACUCUGGUUCUGGUUUUUGUUUUUUUAUUUCGAUUUUUCUUCGAAUUUGUAAAUUAUUUUUAAUCUUUUUAGCGUCUUAGAUCUGGAUUUUUGUUUUUGUUCGCCUGGGAUCGUAUAUUCCAUCAAUUUAUCGUAAAUCGUUGUUCCCGAUUUGUUUGAUUUUGUGAUUUUGGUGGAUUAGCGAAUAUAGGGUUAGGGUUUCUGCGUAUUUGGGAUUUUUUUUUUUUUUUUUUACCAAAAUUAAUUGGGGGAAAUUCAAAUUUCUCGGAGUAACCGUGACUGUUCGUUCAAUUACCUGUAUAUCCGAGCUCCGUUUUUCCUCUUCGUCUUUGCUCCGUUGAUACGUCGACUAUUUUAGAGAUCACAAUUGGUGCUGCCGUUAAAAUGGUACAGAAACGGUCUUUUGAUGAUGGAGAACCACUUGAGAUCUCUUCCAAGCACUUGAAACAAGUGGUUGAACAAAGCCAUCAAAUAAUGUCAUUUUCAGAAUCUGUUAUCUCUGAAGAUCCUCUACGAUAUCAUUUUGCUCUAGGGGAGGAAUUUCCAAAGAAUGAUAUAGAAAGUGACGAAAAGCUUUCAAGUGGAGUUUUCUCAGAGCCCCAGGGAAGCAGUGAUGACUUUGAUACUAGUAUUCCUGGCUUCAUGUCCUUCUCUUGCACGAACAAUAUUAAGGCCCAUGAAGAGGGAUCCCCAUCUAAAUCUCCUCGACAUCAUUCUAUUUCCUCUGAUUUUUUUAACCCUGUAAAUCAUCAGCGAAGGAUUUUGACGUACUGUGAAGAAAUAUAUUCUUUACUAUUGGACCACCCUCCUCAAAAAUCUGUUUCCAUUGGUCCUGAUCAUCAAGCUAUUGUUCCACCAUGGAGAUCACGGGAUGUGGAGGUUAUGCCUUAUGUGUCUGAAUCAGAUUCAAAGUCUGAUCUUACGGUUGAUGAAUACGAGAAGAGGUUGAUUGGUACUUGUGUUAUUCCAAUGCCUGAUGUGGAUUCAGAAGUUGGGAGUGGAAGAGCAGCUUGCAGCUGUGAGGAUGGUGGAUCUGUGGGAUGUGUUAGUGAGCACAUUGCAGUUGCAAGGGAGCAGCUUAAAAGUUCUAUUGGACCAGAAAAAUUUAUGGAGCUAGGGUUUUCUGAAAUGGGAAUGCAAGUGGCCCAGAAAUGGAGUGAAGAAGAAGAACGAUUGUUUUAUGAAGUUGUUUUUUCCAAUCCAGUCUCAUUGGGGAAAAACUUCUGGGGUGAUCUUUUGGACGUUUUUCCUUCCAAAUCUAAAAUGGAGAUUGUUAGCUACUACUUCAACGUUUUUAUGCUCAGAAGGCGAGCAGAGCAGAACAGAUGUGAUUCAUUAAACAUUGAUAGUGACAAUGAUGAGUGGCAAGGGAAUGAUGACUAUGGCGACAAUGAACCUGGAAUGACGGAAGAGGAUGACGACUCUGUUAUUGAAUCACCACUACACGAAGUUGGGCCUGUAUUCAAUCAUGGCCGGGAAGAUGAUUUGCAGGAGUAUGACGAGGAUAUUACCGAUGAAAGAUUUGAUGAUAAUGAAAGUGAGGGAAUUGGUAAUUGUUUCAAUAAUUGUGGUUCCAGUCCCGCUCUUCAGGACAAAAUUCCUUGUGAUGAAAGGGGAGGAGAACACGAAGUUCAAGAUGAUUCCUGCACAUCAUCUGAGACGUGUCCUGCAACCCAAGAACUUCCAGCCAAGACGGAGCAUUGUGAUCAAUGGCUGGGUAGCUUUACGGGGCCAAGCAAUAGUGUUGGUCUUGGUCAUGGGCCUUCAUCGGUUCAAGAUCAUUGUGAUGCUAAGGUGUGGGAUGUUGGAUACUUGACUUGUUCGAAAAGUGAAGUUGACUUCUUGCCAACUAGCUGUAUGAUAGAAGAAGUUUUUGGAGAUGGUUCGAGUAAUUACAAGGCAAGGGAUGGGAAGAGCUAGAGUUAGUUGCAGCCUGAGCAUUCAACAUCAUGAAUGGUAAAUUGGAAUGGAAAAAAAUUUUCCUUUCUUUUUACUUUCUCGAGGGUGUAUCACCCAAAAUUUUUCUCCUGCAUAUAAAUAGCGAUAGGGAGAAUUGCAAUUUUCUUUUUCAUCAAGCUAAGAUGGACAGCCACCUUCCCUGUAAAGAGAUGGCAUACUUGAAACGCAAUUUGUUUUCCUGCAAGAUGUCUUCUCUUGAUCAUAAAUGAAAAAAUUGGACUCAUGUUUCGUCUCUCUUGUGCAAAAAGAAAGUGAGUUUUGCACAUCCAUUUAUUUAUUAGCUUGUCUGUAUAUAUUCAUGAACAAGAAUUAUUGAUACAUAAUGGUCAAAAUAUCUGAAAUUUUAGCCA